GGCACAGUUAGUUUACUCCGAAGAUUCCUUAGGUUUGGAUCAAACAUGCUUUGUCUUUCAGUUCUGCUUUUUUCUGUCGCUGCUUUUGCAGCUCCAGUAGAAGACACUGUUGAGGUUGCCGAAGCUAAAGCUGCUUUCAACGCAGCCUUCGUCGCAGCAGAGGCUGGAGAACAUGCUGCUCUUGCUCCUGUCAACACUGAUGCCCAGGCUGAACAAAUCCCCAAUGCUUAUCUUGAGGAUGCCCCUGAGGUUGCUGAGGCCAGAUCUGCCUUCAUGGCUGCCUUUGAGAAUGCCGAGGCGGGCGGACUUGCUGAGAUGCAGGCUCCUGCACCCGUUCAUGAGCUUGCCGUCCCAGCUCCCCUCGUUUACAACACCCUUCCUCUAUCCUAUGCCGCCUACCCCUAUACCUAUGCUGCACACCCCAAUGUGUAUGCCUACAAUGCCUACCCCUACGCCCUAGGAGCAUAUGCCCCCUAUGCCUACGCUGGAAUCCCAGUCGCAACCGUCGCCAAGGCCGAGUAAGAAAAGUAGCAGAAGUUGAAGCACAUCGCCAAAAACCUAUCGAUUGUCGGAGAAAAAAACUAAACUUAUAUUUGUUCAUCACGCUUUCAGGAGCUUUCUAGAAAAUAAAAAGAUAUACUAAAUGUAA